CCACUAGGGUACCUUUGCAAUUCCCUAAGUUUAGGAAUUCGAAUAGCGGAUGGAAGUCCCGAUUUUUCUUCGUCCGGCUUUCAAAGGGUCAGUUCUCUUUUAACACAAACUGGCGACACCCCCAAAUUCAUCUCUUCAAUAGCCAAGUAGAAGUUACUCCCUUUCUAGAAGCUCAAAUCGAGGACUUGGUUGAUGUACCGCCUUCUGCACCUAACUUAGGGUCAGUCCUAACCAUGAAGAACAUGUUGAAAGUGGGGAUGAGUCGCCCAAUUGGUAGGUCGUUUAUGUUGUUUUUCUUUUCUUUUAUCGCAUGCACACACGUUCAUUUAUUAUUUUUGCCUUUAGUUCGUAGAGACUAAUGAGUUUGGAUGUGUGUUUCAGGUAUGGACUUUGAUCUUGAUGAGGUAUUGAAGACUCUGCCAGGAGGAGAUGAGGGCCUUACCCUCGUUGAUGGGGCCGAGCUUGAUCUGGAAGGAGUCAUGGAUUCCAUGCCUGACCAGGGGCAGGAGGGUGAGGUGGAUCCUUCGCCUAUCCCUUCAAAGAGAAGGAGAGGGGCCGAUCUUGGGAGAAAGUCUCAAACGAUCAACGAGACUUCUCAGCCUUCAGAUGAGCCUCGUGAUGUGGCUCCAGCUACUAGGCCGGGAGCUCCCAGUCGUGCACGUUGUGAGCGUGAGGACUCGCUUCCUAACUUUGGGUUUUCUCUUACCCGGGACUAUCAUGAGAUGGGGGUGCUUAAGUCGUUGGUGACCCCCGCUCGAUCCAGAGCGAUUGUAGGGCGCAGCGUAGAUGACAUUGAAAGGGCUGCGGCUGUUUACCUCCAGAGGGUGGUGGCCCUCCAGACCGGACUCGCUGAGUCAAAUCGCCGCCUGGUCUCAGAGCUGAAAACUCUUACUGAAGAAAAGAAAAAGGAGGCUCAUCACCACAAGAAGAAAAUAUCCUCCUUGAGGAAAUCUCUGGAGACGUCGGACGCUCGAGCUCGUGAGCAGGAGACGGAGAUCGACAACCUACGUUUUGUUUUGGCUCGUGCUCCUGAAGAGGCGGUUGAGAGGUAUAAGGCCUCAGAUGAGUACGCUGGAGAUCUCAAGGCGUCUGUGGAUCAGUGUAAGACAUCGUCCGAUUAUGCUAAGGCUUUGAACUCAUACGGGGGAAAGGCGAUGUCAGCCUCAAUUAAGCUCUCCAAGGAGUAGAUUAUGGCCGAACAUCCUUCUAUAGACCCCUCCGGUCUGGAUAGAUUUCUUGCAUAGCGCAAAGGGAAAGAGAGUAUAGCUCAGUCAUCCAGAUCACUCGGUCGUUCAUCAUAAGGUGGUAGUGGGGAUGUCUCCCCUUCAAGCUGAAGCAUUUCUGAGUUGUUGUUUUCUUUGCUAGUUUUUCCUUUUGAGUGUUUACUUUUGUU